GGAAGCACUGAACAACACAGCGACUGAGAUUUAACUUUGGGAGCUAAACAAAACAUUGAACUAUUAACGCUUAACUACAAAUAUAAACAGAUCAUGAGUCAGUCAGAAGAGUGCAGCAUUUCUUCACCAGAAGGUGAUGAGGCUGAGAGUCCCACUGAACAGCUGCAAAAGCCCAUCUAUGCGUUUACUCCCGACAUAGAUUUGAAUGAGGAACAUCUUGGCUGCGUUUCAGCCAGUCCGGUUUUGGAGUGCUUAGAGGAGCUUUUUUCAGAGGGCAAGAUCAGUGGGGAUAAAGUGGCCAAACUUAAAGCCAAAUUACAUUUGCUGAAUUGCACACUGAGAAGUUCUCAGGAAACAGAGCUAAAUCUGUUGGAGGAGGCAAAGCAGUUCCGUACCAAACUGGAGCUCCAAAAGCAAGAGCUUGAGAAGACAGAGGAUUUCCCAGAGGACACAGAUGUCAGUCGCAUGAGACAGCAGCUCUUGCAGUUUCACAACACACUUCGAGAAGCAAAGGAGAAAGAGUAUGAGAUGCAGUACAAACUUAAAUGUCUCCAAGAGGAAAAGAUUUGUCUUAAGAAAGAGUAUGAGAUCCAGUUAAAGUCUGUGGUAGAGGAAACGCAGUUCACAGCUCUAAAUGAGAGCUGUGAAGAAAUGAGGAAGGAGAUAGGCCAGCGCCAACAAGAGAUAAAGGCUUUAAAUGAGGGAGUGGAGGCUCAACACAAUCAAAUACAGAAUGAGCAAAAAGAGUUGAAUUACAAAAAGGAAAUGAUUGAGAGCAAAGAGGCUGAAUUGGCUCAGUUGCUUCCAGUGCCUGUUCAGCUAAGUAAAGAGAUGGAGAGAAUCAACCGAAAAAAGAUGGAUUUGAAGAAGCAUUUGGCUGAGCUCCAGGUGCAACUGCAGGAGCUGGUGGGCCUUAUAAAGAACACACAUGUGCGUAGCAGGCAGCUGGAUGAGGAGCGCAAGGCUGUGAUACAGGAGCUUGAAGGGUGCAAGGCUCAACUUGAGGCAGCUCAAAGAGAAAGCAGCAUGCUUUUUAAAGAAAUGGAGAUGACCAAGGAGAAGAAGGCUAUACUCCAUGAACAGAGAGGAUUGCUGGACAUCAACUUGAGCCACAUUUUGGUGGAGAGAAAGGCGCUUCAUGACAGCCUGGUCCAGAAGGUGCGAGAGAAAGACAGGCUGCUGCGUAGCUUAAAGAAGAUGCAGCUGCAGCAUAAACUGUCUAAGGAUGCAUUGCUCCACACUCAGGAGCUCUACAACAAAACCAUGGUCCAGAGGAAUAUAAUGCCUACAAAUGAUGAUUUGAUACAGAAAAUCAAUAUUCUGCAAGAGGAAGUAGACAACCUCAAGUUGAAAUUGGUUGACCAGCAGGCACUGACAGGCACUGAAGCCCAUGUAGUGGAGCAAUGUAUACAGCAGGAGCAAGCUCUGAUAAGGGAGUGUAGUAUCUGCCAUGAGGAGCUUCACCAUCUUCAUUCCCUGACUCGCAUCAAAGCAGAUGAGAGAGAUCAGAAGAGCCGUGAACUGCUCAAAGCUCAGUUGAGAUGCAGUCGUAUCAAACAGGAUGUCUGGGGCAAACAGCUGCAGAUUCAGGAGCACAAGAAACGGUACCAGGAGAUUCAGUCAAGACUUUGUGUUUUUGCAAAGCUAUACGAUAUCAUCAAGGGCGAGCGGAACAAGUGUGUAAACCUAAUCCAGUUAGCCACUCAGCGCUCAGCCGAGAUGAGAGAGAAGUUAAAAAUUCUGGAGAAUGAGAUUGAGAUUCUGCGCACCAAUGCAGUCAAUAAAGACAGGCUGUUGCAGAAGUCUCGUCUUAAACAUGCUCAUAGCCACACAAUAAAGGACAGCCUGAAAAAUGACAUCUCCAAGGUAGACUGGAUGCUUCAAGAAAUGUGCCACAAGAGAGGAGAGCAGAGGCUGAACAUCACCAAACUCACACACAUUAUCAAUGCAAAAGAGCAAGACCUGCUUCACAUGUGCAAUAGCUAUGAAGCUUCUGUUCAGAGCCGCAACACAUGGGGUGUGCAGCUAUUGGCGAGAGAACAGGAGCUGUGUAUCUCAUAUGAAAAGGUAAAUAUGCAGGAGAGUUUGAUCUGUCAAGGAACUCUGGAAAUUCAGGCUCUGGAAGAGGAGAUACAUUCCUUUAAGCUGCUCAUCAAUGAAGAGAAGAGGCAAAUCAACUUGUGCAAGAAACAGGUGCCCUCCAAGAAAGCCCUGGAAGAUGAAUUUGCAUUACUGCAAAUUCAGCUUUCUGAGUGUAAGGACCACCUGAUGUCCCUGGAAAAAGCAUUUAAGGACCGAGCUUCAGAAAAAAUAUCACAUAAACAGAGUGAUGAAGACCCCACUCCUGAAGAGCUCAUCAUAAAGAUAGAACAGUUGGAGGUGCAGCUAGCAGAGAAAGAGGCUCAGCUGUUGGAGAAAGAGCUAAUCUAUGAGCAAGUGACGCAUUUGUCCCAGCAGAUUUGUGCAAAGGCAGAGAAUGGUAAAGAGGAGACGCUUAGACUAGCAAAGAAAGUAAAUGAGUUCCAGAGCCGCAUUAAAGAGUGCACUAAAAAGUUAAUGGCUGUGGUGUCCGAGCUGGCCAUGCGUCAGGCCCAAUCUCUGUGUUUGCAACAGGAGCUUCGAGAGCAAAAACAGCACCUUGUCUCAUGCCAAAGAAGAAUGGAACUGGGACUGGCACCUUCUGAUAGCAUAGAGCAGGAGUGGCUGUGCUAUAUUAGAGACCAGCAGAAAUACCAAGCAGAUGUCCAGGAGAAAGCACAGAUGGCUGAAGAAGAAGAAUGGUCACAGCUUCCAAACGGAGUAUACACCACGGCAGAGUCUCGACCCACUGCUUAUAUUCCAGACCAAGACUCUUUACCCCUGCCCAAACCUUAUGGAGCCCUAGCACCCUUCAAACCGACUGAGCCUGGGACCAACAUGCGACACAUCCGCAAACCUCAGCCCAAGCCUAUCGAGAUCUAGAAACUUACACUAAACAUAUAGACAGUAAGUAAAAAUAAAAGUGACACUCUGUGCUUGCUUUGA